AUGAUCUCGGGCAUCCUCAGUUCGAGCCAAACCAUAUCCACACCAGCUCAAUAUUCCCCCCAGGACCCGACCAAUGCGAAUGCCGUCGCUGGGCCGUCCAAGGUGCACCAGCACCACUCGGUGAAGGCCGAUCUUGAGCAGCUGCCGGGCUCGGACGCAAUCGUGGACGCGAUACUAACGUCAACGUCCAACAACACCAACACGACCUACUUGACAAGACGGCUCUCUCGGUCCAGGCCUCGUACAUCGUUUCAUGCAAGAUCCUCGUCGUCCGAGAUACAACCGCCACCUCCGAUACGGUCGAGUCCAUCCAAAGCCUGCCUCAACGAUGACUCGGCACCAUCAGGCUCGAGCUACCGCUUCCCUCUGGCCAAGAUUUCAACCACGCUCGAGCAUCUCCCCCCGCUUGAUCAGACCGCCGCCUCCUCCCCUGCGGCAUGUACGAGUGGCCUGUCUGACGUCGAACCUCUCAUCGCCCAUCUCGAUGCAAUAGCUCUGGAACGUGAUCGAUUGGGUCGACACCGGUUACGGACCGACUCGAGCGAACAGAGAUCGACACCGCCUCCGACCUCGCCGAGAGAGAUGCUCGAUUUCGCCGAUUUUGUCUCCGAGACGUUCCGGCUGCAAGACGCUUCUGCACAAGGAACGAACGCCGGAGCUGGUACUGCACCAAUGGAGGAUCACAUCGAUGGCGGGGUUGACUAUCUCACACCUAUGCAGAGAGGAUCGUUCCAACUUGCCGAGGCCUUGACGCCGGUGCAGAACCAUACGACGUAUCAGUUCCCCCGCGUCGAGACCAUGUCGUCCUUACCUAUAUUUCCGGAUAUGGUCCCUCGUACACCACGGACGUCGUCACUUCAUGCGACGGAUCUACAGCGAUUGAUCAGCAGUCAAUCGUGCGAUGGGAGGAGCAUUGAUCUGAUCGACUUCGAAUCGCCUUCGAGGAAAUCGCUCGUUGUCACGAUGGGGUCGACACCCUCUGCUGGGAGUGCCAUCAGCACUGCGGCGGAACUUUCACCGCUACAUACGGCACAUCAGCUGUCCGACCAUGGUCCCAACUCGGCUCCACCUACACCUUCGUCCGUCACGGGCUCGGUGACGAACAGCAUCCCCUUUCCUGGCUCGGCAGCGUCUCGGACGAUUCCACUUCCCCCUAUCCGGGCCGAGUCGACUGAUCCCCACCAAGGCCAAGUCGAAACUUCUUCAGAUGAAGGGCAUCCACCUCCCAUGGCCAAUCAAUCGAUGGAUGAUAAUGAAGAGGCGCUCGAUGACGAGGAAGACGAAGAGGACUUGACCGAGGACGAAGAGGACGAGGACCCCGACUCGCACCCACUGUACGUUCUAUUGUCAUCUUCGGCGAUCCCCGUCCUGCGCUCAGCCUGGGAUGCGGCGACUCUUAUUCUCGUCCCCCCAAGACGAACCUUGCCCUCCCUCGAGGCACUGACACCACGGCGAGAAAGCGCGGCCCCUGCUUUCGAAUUCGUGCGAGGUGGCAAAGGUGUCGCGGGCGAACAAGCGGGUCGGGACGUGGAGAAGGAACGUCAGAUGUCGAUCACCUACGUUGCGUUGCAUGCAUUCAAACCUUUGGAAAAUGACGAGGAUGCGGCACCUGGAACGACGAGUUGGAGGAGCGUGAUCGCUUCGGAGGAAGGUCAUUGUCGUGCGAGGUUGAUACCGGGUCAGGGGACGGCUUUGAUUGAUUGGAUCGAGAUGCCGGGUCCGAUCCAAGGCAUCAAGUCGGCACAGUCAACUUCGUCCUUUGCCUCGUCCGGCUCUGACAAUGGCUCCAAAAUUGGAUCGACUCAAGCACGCUCGCCUCAAUCACCGACUGCUGCUGUCGUCUCUCUCGCUCGAAAUUCCUUCUCCCUGAUCACGCCCGUCAAAUCACUUCGGAUCAUUGCCGAGACAACUAUUUAUCGACGCCCUCGUCAGAUCAUCGCAGCCACGAACCCUCCCCCUGCGCCAUCGACACUGUCGGCUUCGACCAACUCGACCCUCGGUAAGUCUUCCGGCUCAUCUUCUCUCCACAAAUCAGGGUUCAGAACGCCCAAGUGGUUCAGAAGGAGCAUCUCAUCCGCCAUCCCGACGCUGAAAACAUGGCCCGAAAAGACCGAUGCCGAUUUGAACCCACCCUCUUUUGUGACACCGACUCUCGCGCCCGUUCGAGAAACCAGCAAAUCUGGACCCAUGUUGGAACGGGUGCGAGUUCUCGCCCUCGGGGGCGGGAUCGUCAUGCGACGAGGUUCGACUUCCGCGAGCACGACGUCGCAGCGAAGGACGUUGCACGGCACGUCCAUUCCGUCCGACCCCGAACCCAUCAUCCGGACAUCCGCAUCAUCCAUUUCCCUCCGCCUUUUCGGGACGGACAGUCCCCUCGGUUCGAACAAUCGCAGUCAAUCGAGUUUGGCCCUAUCAAGGCAUCCGACGUUCGAGUUGGUUGGGGAGACGACCUCCUCGCAGGGUCAUGGAGCUCCUAGUACGAGACGACGCGCGGGGUCGAUGUCGAGUACUAGGAGUGCUAGGAGUGGGAGGAGCGCGUUCGGGAUUGUCGCGAUGGGGGCGAAUGGGAUGAUGAGGGGAGAGUUUCUUGCGUAAGUGUGAGGAAUUUGACCAUUUGCUGUGGAGUCGGGGCGCAGGAGACUGACUAAUUUGCACUUGAACUUGCAGCGACCUCGCUUUCUUGGCCAGUCCACCCCCUCAACUCGCAGGCUUGGGACCAGUCUUUGCGUCUACGUUGAAGUACAUCAGAGCUCUGGUCCGAGAGUUUGAAGGUGGCGUCGCUUACAUUAGAGGUCUUGAGCCUUAUCUCAUUCAAGUGAGUGAACCACCGACCUACUCAGUCGGAAACGUAAGAAUUGACCCGAACCGCUGGUCUUUGCACAGCGCAUACGCAAAGGCAUCUUCGAUCGCAUCUGGCAACAGAUCGUGCGGGAUCUUGACGCGGAUGAAGAACUGAGAACUUGGCUCGUAUCGGAAGAACAUGCGACCAACCUACGGCUUUUGAUAGAGAAGUGAGACCUUGUCCUCGGUCCCGGAUAGACCUCUUCCCAAUGCUGAUUAUGAUGCUUCUGUGAGACAGUGUCAUCAUCGGUCUCCUUUACCGCAAGCUCUACACUUCUUCAAUCCUGCCUCAUUUCUCACAAGAGGACGCCACGCUCAAUAGCAUCAUCUCGACCUACCAAGAACGUCAAGUCCUGCCGACCGACUUUGGCGUCCACUUUGACUCGGCAGAACCACUUGCGAAUGGGGCGCUCAAGACGGCCAUUACGAUCUUACAAGAUCUCAAGGAGACUUCGGAGGUAGCGACGAAGGUUCCGGACGAGGUCGCACAGUUGUGGGUGCUUUCAGCCGCCACGUUGACUACUCGACGCCCUGGGCCAGCAAGUACGAGCGGUCGAGACGAUCGAUCGAAAUCGCCUUCUCCUUCUCCCGCUUCUACAGCAGCCCCGACGAUCCAGAAGCCCUUCUCGAUCACGGACGCAGGCGCAGCUACCCGUCCUCUCCGAGGCGUUCGAACCCCCUUGGGCUGCGUGACCAUCAUCGCCGAGUCCCUACAAGCCAUGGUGUACGCGAUCGAGACGCUCCAAGGUGGCUCACGCCUAGCACCGGAUGAUUUGAUCCCCCUUUUCUCUUGGGUCAUUGUCAAAGCUGGGGUGGAGAAUUUGGAGAGUUUGUUGUUCUUCGUCAAGACGUUUAGGUUGUCGGAGAAUUUGCCUUCGCAUCUUGAGUGAGUGUUGGUCCUUCGACUUAAGUUGGGACUUUCGCUUCGAAGCUGACUCUACGUUGGACCUUUUUCUUUGUCGCAGCUGGUCGUUCGUCAACUUCCAAGCGGCACUGGCGUUCCUUCUCAGCGACCCGUUGCACUGCCUGCCUGAACCGCCAGCGAUGUCGACACCGACGCCGUUCUUUGGGAUCAAGUCUGCCGACGCCUCUACGACCGCUCGAACCCGACGUCUGUCAUUGCAGCAGUAUCGACCGACCCAUGCCGGCAUAUCACCACCUAGUUCACCCAAGUCAGCUCGUGGCACCGGAGCAGGGUGGUAUUCUCCAGGAACGACAAGUGUGAACCGCGAGCAGUCGACCUCACCCACGGCAUCGUUACCCUUUCCAAACUAUGCGCGUGAACGCCGUCUCAGUUGGCAACAGGCUUCCAAGGCGCCGAAGAGGGUCAGCGUCACCCUCGAUGCGGAUCUGAUGCUCCCUCCUCGAUUCGAGAGGCUCACUUCAGCCGAGGAGAUGCCUCCUCCAAGUUGGAAGCUUCCUCCAUCGUCGAGGAAUCGCCAUCACGUCGACUCCGGCCGUAGCGUCACGCCUCAGAGCGAGACGAGCGAGGAUGGGGACGCCUCGGCUGCGACGAGACAUUUACGAGCGCUCUCGUUGGCGAGCCUGUCGUCUGAGGGAGGGACGCCUGAUAGUCGACCCCGACUUGCGCUACCCUUGGAAGGGAUGUCACGCGAUCGGAUACGAGUACCGUCUCUCUCGCGGUCAUAUUCAGCCCUGGCGAUGAUGACUCGACCACCGGCUGGUGGGGGUGGCGACAUGUCGUUUGGUCUCAGUUCGACCGACAUGCGACGUAGCGAAAGCGAGGGGUCACCCGUCGUACCCGACCGGUCUACAUAUGCCGACCGUUGGUCUUUGUGGGGUGCACUGCCGAGCUCCACAGUCACUUCAAAUGCUCCUUCUUCACAUCGAGCGGUCUCGCCUUUCACGAGUGAGAAUACAAGCAGUCAAGGGCCGCCCUCGAGCUAUGAUGCGCAUUCCCAGUCUUGGUGGAGUUGGGGUGGAGGUCUUUCCACCGGGGCGCUUUACCCGGCCUCGCAAUUAGCCGCUCCGCUCUACCCCGUCGCGAAUGAUGCGAGCACCCACCUGCGUCGUCUCCGACGUUUCUCCGCCUCUACGGCCGAGAUCCUCGCCGAUCGACCCGCCCACCUCGUCGAUCAAGUCGUCUCCCAAUCCAACUCGUCCAGUUCGAUCCGUCUCACCGCGAUCUUGCAGAACAAGACGUCCGAAACGGAUAUGUUGCCUCUGGCCAGACCACGGCCUCGUUCGACGAUGUCCGUUUCUUCUAUUGGGUCGAACGCUUCAUUCGUUCUCUCUUCGGAAUCGGAGGAGACGUCUUCCGUCCCCGCGGCUGCAUUGGCCUCCACUCUAUCGCCGAGCAUCGUCGCUCCUCCCCCACCUCGAAGGAAAUCAACCCGAUCUCGCACAUGGAGGGAAUUACCUACUUCGAAUCUCGCUGGAGCUCCUUUGGCACCUCGUUUAGAUUCGACGAGCAUCGUCUCAAUUCCUAGAACAGAGGUCGUCGCGUCGAUCGAGGCGAACUUGGCCGCUCCAAAUCCAGGUUUGAACGCUGCGCAAUCGUCGAACGAGCCGAGGACUUCUUUCGAUACGUCUCGAUCGGUCUCGUUCGAAUUGACGAGGAGUCCUGAAGGUUCACAACCUACCUCUCCUUGCCUGGAUGAUCCACCCACUACCACUACCACGGCCACCACUUCUACCCUCACCGUCCCACUUAUGACCUAG